GGCGCUGCUGCCCAGUCGGCGUGGUUGCUUGCGACUGCCUCCGCGUGGCUCGAGCCUAGCUCUUCCCUGGCUGUGGCGGCGGCAGCCGGCUCCAUGGAGAGCAGCGGACGCCCGGGCAGAGGCGGCGCUUCCACCGCGGCACCCGGGCUCCAGUGACCCGCGCUUGUGGCCUGCACCGCGUCAGAGCGGUCGCCGGCCCCCAGACUGAUCGGCCUCGCCGCGUCCAGCGUCGCCCUUCGCCGCCCGGCGCCCCUGCGCCCCAGCUCGCCCUCGCCCGCACUCCUCGGCGGCGUGGCGGUGUCCAGGCCCCCUCGGCGGCGGCCAGAGCAGCAGCAGCAGCAGGAGCCCGCCUCUAUGAUGAAGUUCAAGCCGAACCAGACGCGGACCUAUGACCGCGAGGGCUUCAAGAAACGGGCGGCGUGCCUAUGCUUCCGGAGCGAGCAGGAGGACGAGGUACUGCUAGUGAGUAGCAGUCGGUAUCCAGACCAGUGGAUUGUCCCAGGAGGCGGAAUGGAGCCAGAGGAGGAGCCUGGCGGUGCUGCCGUGAGGGAGGUUUAUGAAGAGGCUGGAGUCAAAGGAAAAUUAGGCAGACUCCUGGGCAUAUUUGAGCAGAACCAAGACCGAAAGCACAGAACAUAUGUUUAUGUUCUUACAGUCACAGAAAUAUUAGAAGAUUGGGAAGAUUCUGUUAACAUAGGAAGGAAGAGAGAGUGGUUCAAAGUAGAAGAUGCCAUCAAAGUUCUCCAGUGUCAUAAACCUGUACAUGCAGAGUAUCUGGAAAAACUAAAGCUGGGCUGUUCCCCAACCAAUGGAAAUUCCGCUGUCCCUUCCCUCCCAGACAAUAACGCCUUGUUUGUAUCUGCUGCACAGACCUCUGGGUUGCCAUCUGGUAUAAGAUAGAGAGAACCUGGAGACGUCUACCACCCUGUGCAUUCUCAUGGGGAGAGAGGCUUUGUUUUCCUUGGCAAGCGUCUGAAUUUGCUAUGCAGGGUUUUCAAACACUUUGCAUGUUUUUCAGAUGCUUUCAAAUCUUCUUUUAUUAAAAAAAAAAAAAAAAGUAUAAAAUAUUUUAAUAAG